CACGGCCCCGCCCAUUAUAAUAAUACAAGGAACAAGGAAACAACACCUGCUGCCGCUGCGCAUCUUUCACUCACGUCCACGAACUACUAGUAAUCACCAUGUCUGAGGAUAAAACAGUCACAUUGAAGCCUGUGGACCUGGUAGAACCAGAACCAGGCUUCUCAUCCUCUCACCUAGACCCCGCCGAUACCUCCUAUCAGCCCCCUGCUUUAGAUAAGACACCGGGUCAGCCAGACCUCCAAGGCCUGGACAGUGGACACCCGGGGACAGAGGAGAAAGGCCCUGUUGGCCCUACACCUGAUGCUGUGGCUCAGGGGAAUCGAUGGACCUCAACACUGGACCAGUUUAAACUGAAGCGGUUCUUCGUCUUGAGGCCAGGGACCAUGGACCAAGCUCUUGAGGACAUCAAGGCUCUGGUCAAUCAGGAUGAGGAUGGCGAUGUCCAUGGUGUCUGGCUGAUGGCCGAGGUUGACCAUUGGAACAACGAGAGAGAGCGUGUGGUGCUGAUCACAGACAGCUCUCUGCUGGUCUGUAAGUACGACUUCGUCAUGCUCAACUGUGAACACAUACAGAGAAUCCCUCUCAACUUUGUGGACCGCAUCACCCACGGCAACUUCAGCUUCCCCCAGCGGUCUCUUCUCACGAGAGAAGGGGAGGGUGUGCGUGUGUUCUGGGACCGGCUAAGGGAACCCUCGUUCUCGUCUCGGUGGAACCCGUUCACUACAGACUACCCGUUCAGCACCUUUACCUAUCACCCUGUCAGGAACAUAGACCAGAGGUUCACUGCUCUCUGUGAGAUCCAGAGUUUCCGUGAGCAGCUGACGGAGGCAGCCCAAAAGGCCCACCUGAAGCAGCCCAUUCCUGGGAAGGCCAACGGAGUCCUGGUGCUGAACCAGCCCCUGCUCAUCGAGUCCUACGUGGGUCUGAUGUCCUUCAUCGGGAACCAGAACAAGCUGGGAUACUGCCUGGCACGGGGAAACAUCGGCUUUUAAACAAUGCUUUCGCUAGAAUCUUUGAAUGUACAUUACUACUUGAUUACUUAAUCAUAGUUUGUAGUUGUGGCCUAGUUACAGAUAUGAAGUAUCAUUAUAAAUAUUUUUAAUCUGGUGUCUAGUCUUCCCUUGGCCAUUCCUUAUAGUCCGCUCUCUGAUUUUAACUAAGCUUUAACUAGACUACAAUUUCUACUUAAUUUCUUUUUGUUUCUUUGUUUGCAAUCAUUUUUGCCUAUUUACAGAUUUGAAGUAGUUUUUUAUCAUUUAAUAGUUGGAAGGAUAUGUUUUGAUGCUAAUUUAAAAUGUAUUUUCAGAGGUCAAUUUUGAAAAUGUUGGGGUUUGUUAGUUUACCUUUCUGUACCUUUAGUAGAAAAGUGUUCAUGUCUAAAUGUAGUUCUGUCAUUCUGAUCCCCUUUAGGGUUCAUUUCCUAUGUAGUGACUGUGCCAAAUGUGUUCCUGCCGUCCCAGAGUUUAUAAAAUGUAUACAAUACCGUG